AUGGAGAAGUUCUUCAGGGACAAGGUCAUUUACCGGUUCGGGCUACCAAAGAUACUGGUAACAGAUAACGGGCUACAGUUCAAUAACUCGCAGUUCAGGGCGUUCUGCCCCCAAUACGACAUUGAGUUGAGGACGACCUCAGUAGCUCAUCCACAGGCAAAUGGUCAAGUGGAGGUCACCAAUUGCACCUUACUGGCUGGGAUAAAAAGAAGGUUAACAGAAGCGAAAGCAAGGUGGGUCGAUGAGCUCCCCCUUUGUUCCGCUUGCGACUUAAGGAAGUACAAAAGAAAGAACGCACUCAAGGCUAAUUAA